CGGGUCAGCAGGAAGUUAAGCUCGUCUCGGGCGGCCAGGAGGCUAGAUUUCCUUCACAGCGCGCUGUGUUCUGCAGUCUCCAGGCGGAAUGAAAAUGGCAGAGAGACAGUGUCAUCUGCUCUUGAUAGCUCUGGUGUUUUCUGGCAUCUGUGCUGAGGACAUCCUCCAACCAACGCUGGUGCUCGACAUGGCCCAGCUUCUGCUGGAUAAAUACUGCUUCCCAGAAAACCUGGUCGGGAUGCAAGAAGCCAUUGAACAAGCCAUCAAAAGCGGCGAGAUCUUGGACAUCUCUGAUCCCAAUCUUCUGGCAUCUGUUCUGACCGCCGGUGUGCAAGGCGCCCUGAAUGACCCGCGGCUGGUGGUCUCUUAUGAGCCUUUGACUCCAAUUGCCCCCAAGCAAGAAAUGGAAGCUUUUCCAGCAUCAGAACAGCUCCUAGAACUUAUUGCACACGUAGUGAAGUUUGACGUGCUGGAGGGCAACGUGGGAUACUUGAGGAUCGACUACAUCUUUGGGCAAGAAAUUAUACAGCAAAUCGGCACAGUCCUCGUCGAAAUAGUGUGGAAGACCCUGAUAGAGACGUCGGCUUUGGUGCUAGAUUUGCGCUACACCACAGGUGGGAAGGUCUCAGGAAUCCCCUUCCUUGUCUCCUACCUGUACCAUAAGGAGCAAUUGCUGCAUGUGGACACUGUCUACAACCGUCCUUUCAACACCACCACUGAGAUCUGGACUUUGCCCAAGGUGCUGGGCACGAGGUACAGCGAGGACAAGGAUGUCAUUUUGCUGACCAGCCAGUACACCACUGGAGUGGCUGAAGCGGUGGCCUACAUCCUCAAGCACAUGCAUCGGGCCAUCAUCGUGGGAGAGAGGUCUGCAGGGGGCUCCUUGGACAUUCAGAAGUUCCGGAUUGGUGCUUCCCAGUUCUACAUGAUGAUUCCGGUGUCCCGUUCCGUGAGUCCCUUGAGCGGCAGCGGGCAAACCUGGGAAGGCAACGGAGUGGUGCCAAAUGUAGCAACUUCAGCUGAAAGAGCACUGGAGGAAGCCCUGGCAAUUCUUGCCCUGCGCAAGGCUAUCCCUGGUACCAUCGACCAGCUGAUGAGCAUCCUGAGGAGCAACUACUCCAUGGUCGAUCGGGUGCCUUCGUUACUACAGCACCUCACCAGUUUUGAUCAUUCUUCCAUCCUGUCCACGGCGGACCUGGCUUCCAAGCUCAACACUGAACUUCAGGCGGUGUCUGAAGACCCACGCCUCUUGUUGCGCGUCACCACUGCGGGAGAGACUGUCCCUGGACCAGCAGAGCAGCAGGUUGCCACAGCUACCAAUCUGCCUGACAACGAGCAGUUUCUGCAAGCUCUAGUGGACACGGUGUUCAAAGUGUCAGUGCUACCGGGCAAUGUAGGCUACAUGCGCUUCGAUGAGUUUGCUGACGCUUCUGUCAUAAGCAAGCUCGGGUCUUACAUUGUGCGUCGAGUCUGGGAGCCGCUGCAAUCGACGGACAACUUGAUUGUGGACUUGCGCUACAACCCGGGGGGGCCAUCCUCAAGCGCUGUGCCAAUUUUGCUUUCCUACUUCCAGGACCCCUCGGCUGGCCCCGUGCGCCUCUUCUCGACCUAUGACAGAGGCACCAACCACACCCAGGACCACCACAGCCACGUGGAAAUGUUAAGCCAGCCCUAUGGGGUGCAGCGCAGAGUCUAUCUGCUCACCAGCCGCCACACGGCCACAGCAGCUGAGGAAUUUGCCUACCUGAUGCAGUCCCUCAGCCGGGCAACCCUGGUGGGUGAGAUCACUGCAGGCAGCCUGACCCACACGCGCACCUUCUGUGUGAUGCAGCAGGGGGAGAGGGCGGGUUGUGGCCUCCUCGUCAGCAUCCCCGUCAUCUCCUUCAUCGACAACCACGGGGAGUGCUGGCUUGGUGGUGGGGUGGUGCCUGAUGCCAUCGUUCUUGCUGAUGAAGCUCUGGAGAAAGCCCAGGAGGUGCUGGAGUUCCACGAGAGCACGGGGGCGCUCAUUGAGGACGUUGGGCAAUUGCUGGAGGCCCACUAUGUCAUUCCAGAAAUGGCAAGACGGGCCAGUGGUGUGCUCAGGUCCAAGUUGGCCCAAGGUGGGUAUCACACAGCAGUGGACUUUGAGACGCUGGCUUCUCAGCUGACCGGUGAUCUCCAGGAGGCUUCUGGGGACCACCAGCUGCUCAUCUUCCACAGCUAUGUGGAGCCCUCCCCAGAGGAGCAACCUCCCAACAAGACCCCCUCGCCUGAGGAAUUGAGCUACAUCAUUGAGGCCCUUUUCAAAGUGGACGUCUUGCCCGGAAACGUGGGGUACCUGCGUUUCGACAUGAUGGCCGAGGCAGAGACGGUGAAAGCCAUCGGGCCACAAGUCCUGCACAUGGUUUGGGAGAAGCUAGUGCACACCUCCACCAUGAUUGUCGACAUGCGCUACAACACAGGCAGCUACUCUAGUGCAGUGCCCAUCUUCUGCUCCUACUUCUUUGACGCCAAGCCUCAACAGCACCUUUACACCAUCUUUGACCGGAGCACCUCUCAUAGCACUGAGGUGUGGACCUGGCCAAAGGUGUCCGGCAAGCGCUACGGUUCUGCAAAGGACGUCUUCGUCCUCAUUAGCCACAUGAGUGGCUCAGCUGCUGAGACUUUCACUCGCUCGAUGAAGGACCUCCAUCGGGCCACCGUCAUUGGGGAGCCCACGCUGGGCGGGUCUCUCUCAGCAGGCAUUUACCGCCUGGGCAGCAGCCCCCUGUACGCCUCCAUCCCUAGCCAGGUGGUGCUCAGUCCGCUCACAGGCAAAGUGUGGAGCUUGUCUGGGCUGGAGCCGCACGUCACCACCCAAGCGACGGAAGCCCUGACGGCCGCCCAGAGCAUCAUCGCCUUGCGCGCAAAGCUGCCCAGUUUGCUGCAAACCGUGGGCAAGCUGGUUGCUGACAACUAUGCCUCUGCUGGCCUCGGAGCUGAAGUGGCCACCAAACUGGCUGACCUGCCCCGCAAGGACCCUUUCAGGAGGAUCAACAGCGAGGCAGAGCUUGCUGAAGCCAUGACAGCUGACCUGCAGGCUCUUUCUGGAGACGUACACCUGAAGAUAAGCCACAUCCCUGAGCAUUUGAAGGAACGCAUCCCUGGGAGUAUAACCAUGCAGAUGGUCUCCCCAGAGAAUUUUGAGGACUUCGUUAAGUUUUCUUUCCACACCAAAGUGUUUGAGAACAACAUUGGUUACUUGAGGUUCGAUAUGUUUGGAGACUGUGAACUUUUAUCCCAAACCUCUGACCUGCUGGUGGAACAUGUCUGGAAGAAGAUUGUCCACACGCGUGCGCUGAUCAUUGACAUGAGAUACAAUGUAGGGGGCCCUACUUCUUCCAUAGCAACUCUGUGCUCCUAUUUCUUUGACGAAGGACACCCCAUUCUUCUGGACAAAGUGUACAACAGACCAAACAAUACAACUACUGACAUUUGGACCCAUUCACAGCUUAAAGGUGAGAGAUACGGUUCCCAGAAAGGCCUGGUUAUCCUCACCAGCUCAGCGACAGCCGGGGCUGCAGAGGAAUUUGUGUCCAUCAUGAAGAGGCUGAACAGAGCCUUCAUUGUGGGGCAAAGGACCAGUGGGGGUUGCCACCCCCCACAGAUGUACCAUGUGGACAGCACCAACCUUUAUGUUACCAUCCCGACAUCCAGAUCUGCCCUUUCUGUUGCCAGCACAUGGGAAGGUGUGGGAGUGACGCCGCACCUGGAAGUCCCCGUGGAGAUGGCCCUUGUUCGAGCCAAAGUGAUGCUCAACACACACCUUCAACCUCCCAGCUAGACAAAGGUGCCAGCCCAGAAGAGAAAGCUGGAAAAAAGAAUUAGCAAAGAAACAUACCAAGUGACCUACUGGCUUCCUCUUGGUGGCAAAUACCUGUCCUCCUGAGAUGGAGCUCUGUCAGUAAAGUAGUCCAGUCUCUUCCCUCUGUACCUGAAUUCUGAGUUGGGAGCUCAUUUUGUGUCGUGCGAAGAGAACUGCGGGGUGGGGUGGGGGACACCAGUUGAGUGCUUGAAUAAAGGAGAAGGUUUUUAGUUUCAA